CUUUUGUUCGAUCCGCGUCCAGACGACUUUCGAACGUCGUCCUUUUUAAUUAUAUUUUUGGAUUAUGAAUCAGCAACAUAGCAAAAAUGCCGAAGUUCAUGGGUCGAGGUUUCGGCCUUCGAAUCCGAAUCUACCAAAGAUCGACAAACUGAGACAAGUACAAUUCAACGAGAUACAAGACAAGAAGAGGUUGUCGAUGAGGUUCUCCGCUUUGCUGAAUUCGGCAAGUCGCGUGUUCUAUCAUAAACGUGGAGAUCGAUUGAAGGUUCCCAGGUAUCAAAACACUUAUCGGCUCAGCUCAUUUAACCCUUUCGAUGUCGAAGUGGUCGAUAAACUGGUGAUGGAGACGAUGGAGAGUAAAUUAUCGCCGGUGACGGCAUAUCAUCCAAAUCACAUGGCGAAAUUGUGCUUGGAGAUUGGAUCGGAUUUGCAAAACGCACUCUGCAAAAAGGAUUACGAUAGGUAUAAAUUAGUGACGCAGGUGACUAUAGUCCAACGUCUCGAUCAAAGCGUACACACGGCGUUCCAGAGCCUCUGGGACGUGGAGCGAGACAAUUACUCCUAUUAUGUUUUCGAAAACAACCACAUUUACGCAUGGUGUUGCGUGUUCGGCCUAUAUUACGAGUGAAAUUCAUCGUCCCGGUUAAAUCUCGUUCUGUUACGCGCGGACGCGCGCUCGCGAUAUUCCCGAUAUUCGUUGCAAUUCCAAACUAAUGCUCGCUGCUUUCUUUUUUUUUUUUUUUUUUUGUAACCCGCGUGCUCGCUAGAUAUCGGUGCAAUAUCGUUGCAUAAUGAACGGGGAUGUAUAUCGCGACGUUUACGAGGAUUCACGCAGCGCGGGCGCGCACUGUUAAAUUUAUCGGAUUUUUCGCGAUCGCGCGUCUGACCGGAUGAAUCCUUUUUUUAUUGGUGAAAUAAAAAAUUAUCGCAAAGCAAUUGGUGAGAAUGGACGUCGUGAAAUAAUUUCGGAAACUGUGUCCGAUCGGAGAAUACAGAGAGUUAACCUGACCCCCCGUAAACCGGCAAGGGUUGGGUUAAAUUGUUCGUAAAGGAUGGUUGCAAAAAGGUUUCGAUCGAUUAUGAAGUAACCAUACAG